UUAACGGAAGAACCGAAUGAAGCGCUAUGAUUUUCAAAUAUAAACAGACUAGUGACACUUUCCAGGCAGCAUACGUUAACGUAAUCAGUAAUUUAGACAAAGUACCUUACAAAGUUUAGGCAGAUCUCUAAAGGAAAACACUAAACAGGAGAUUUUUUAGAAGUUUAAACAUCUUGAGUAACAUCUGAAUAAUGAACAGCACCUGUAGUACUGUCUUUAGUGAGCUUUUUCUGGAGGGACAGUUGUGUGACUCUGUGAUCCGAGCUGGAGAUGUUGAGUUUAAAAUUCACAGGAUCAUCCUCUGCAACUGCAGUGCAUACUUCAGGGAUCUCUUCUGCUACAAACCACUACCAUCAAACGAGGCCUACAACUUCCCCACUGUGUCUCCAAAAGCAAUGAGCCUCAUUUUGGAAUAUGCCUAUACCCAAUCUGUUGUGGUGACGGAGGACAAUGUACUGGAGCUGUUGGUGGAAGCAGACCACUUUAUCGUGACUGGCGUCAUUCAAGCCUGCUGCGACUUCCUGGAGAGGAAGCUCUGUGUAAAUAACUGCGUCAGCAUCUGCAAUCUGGCACACUUACACAACUGUCCUGACCUCAGGGGAAAGGCCUAUCUCUACAUCCUCCAUCACUUUGAAGAGGUUGGUGCACUCUCCUUGGAGUUCCUGCAGCUCUCUGUGCAGCAACUGUCAGAUCUUAUCGAGAAGGAUGAGCUCAAUGUGAAGCAGGAGAGCACUGUGUUUGAGGCCAUUCUCAGAUGGAUCAACUAUUCCCCUGUGGAACGUGGGUGUGACAUGCCCGCACUGCUCAAGAAGGUCCGCCUACUAUUAAUGCCCACUGAGUACUUGGUUGACACUGUGAGCAGAAAUGAUCUGGUGAUUAGUAGUCCGGCAUGCAUGAAUAUGGUAACCACUGCCGUAAAGAUGCUAAAUGAGUCCAAUAUGGAGAGACCUCUGACCCAAACACGCCUGCCGUCUGAAGUCUUAUUGGCCGUUGGUGGAUGGGUGAGUCAUUUCCCAAGUAACAAGAUUGAGUUGUACAAUGUCCGAGCUGACCACUGGGUGCCGCUGAGCUGGAGACACAAUGCUUCUCUGGGAUUCUACGGUUGUGCUUACCUCAAUGGAUGUGUCUAUUGCAUCGGAGGUUUUGAUUUCAUAAGCUAUUCAAGUCACGUGAGAAGGUUCAGCCUCACCAGCCGAACCUGGACAGAGGUGGGGUCGAUGCAUGAAGAGCGGGGCUUUCUCAGUGUGGUCACACUGAAUGGCUGCAUAUAUGCUAUGGGAGGGUGCCGACAACAAAAGAAACUGAAAACUGCAGAACGAUAUGAGCCUGACACCAACCAGUGGACUAUGAUUGCAUCGAUGCACAAGCGCAGGACAGAAGCUGGUGCUGCAACACUACACGGCAAGGUAAGUGGAAUUGAGGUAGUGGAAGAUCUCUGCCAUGUUGGUUUUGUGGAGAAAGUGGUGGACAAAGUUAACUGGUAAUGCUAACAACCUUGGUUAACAAGCUGCAUCAAUAAAAUGUACAGUCAAAUAAUUCCAUUAGAAAUGCACCAAAAGAUGC